UGGCGCGACGGGGGCGGGGCCUGGGUGCGGGUGCCGCGUGGCGGGCGCAACGCUGAGGGAGCCGGUGCUAUCUGUGGGGGCUUUGGGCCAGGGGUCUCCUGACAGCAUGAGCGUGGGCUUCAUCGGCGCUGGCCAGCUGGCUUUUGCCCUGGCCAAGGGCUUCACAGCAGCAGGCGUCUUGGCUGCCCACAAGAUAAUGGCUAGCUCCCCAGACAUGGACCUGGCCACGGUUUCUGCUCUCAGGAAGAUGGGAGUGAAGUUGACACCCCACAACAAGGAGACGGUGCAGCACAGUGAUGUGCUCUUCCUGGCUGUGAAGCCACACAUCAUCCCCUUCAUCCUGGAUGAAAUAGGUGCCGACAUUGAGGACAGACACAUUGUGGUGUCCUGCGCGGCCGGCGUCACCAUCAGCUCCAUUGAGAAGAAGCUGUCAGCGUUUCGGCCAGCCCCCAGGGUCAUCCGCUGCAUGACCAACACUCCAGUCGUGGUGCGGGAGGGGGCCACCGUGUAUGCCACAGGCACGCACGCCCAGGUGGAGGACGGAAGGCUCAUGGAGCAGCUGCUGAGCAGCGUGGGCUUCUGCACGGAGGUGGAAGAGGACCUGAUUGAUGCCGUCACGGGGCUCAGUGGCAGCGGCCCCGCCUAUGCAUUCACAGCCCUGGAUGCCCUGGCUGAUGGGGGCGUGAAGAUGGGACUUCCAAGGCGCCUGGCAGUCCGCCUCGGGGCCCAGGCCCUCCUGGUCAGUGUGUUUCCUGAGCCUCUGGUGGGGCCACUCUUUGCAGGGCCCUGGGGCUUCACUGGGAGGAGCCAAGUGGGGCGUCAGUGUGUGCUACAGUGGCUGGGGCAGUGCCCCGCAGAGGCAGGUGCGUGCCCACAGCCGUCAGCCUUUCUUCUGGCUGCAGGGGGCUGCCAAGAUGCUGCUGCACUCAGAACAGCACCCAGGCCAGCUCAAGGACAACGUCAGCUCUCCUGGUGGGGCCACCAUCCAUGCCUUGCACGUGCUGGAGAGUGGGGGCUUCCGCUCCCUGCUCAUCAACGCCGUGGAGGCCUCCUGCAUCCGCACACGGUGGGCCCCCGCCCUGCCCGCUUCCCUGGUCUCCAGUCCUUGCAUGGCAGAGGCCUGUCUCACACACAUCUGCUCAUUCACGCACUCAGCAGAUAUGUAUUGAGCUCCAGCCCGGUGUUGCGCAGGACACGGGGCCCUGAGGUUCCCUGGGUUACUGUGGGCAGUGCCCCUCCCCACCUUCCGUUUCCUGCGAGGAGGGAACAUCCACAGAGGGACCCGGAUGCUCUGCCCUGUGCUCCCCACAUAGGUCCACCAUUGUCAUACCCAGGAGUGUCAUUCGAGCCAGGGGCCACACCAGUGGGGUGGCGGGGUGGCCAGGCACAUUAGGAAACUUCUGUGGGGCCCACCUUCCUCCUACCCUCGCUGGGGGAUUAAGUUAGACCAGCAGGACACGCAGCAACAUCCGGGCACAAGGAAAAUUCCAUGGAAGGUGAAAGAAGCUAAGAGCAAGAGAGAGACAGAGUUUGCUGUUUGCCUGGGAUCCCACAGCUGGUCAAAGGCAGAGCCAGGCUGGGAGCCGCUGUCCCCAGUUCAGGUCUGCGGGGUGGCUGAGGACGUCUUUCUCGCCACACUGCCCACUCUCCAGUCCAGACACCCUCAGACUCUGCGAGUGCCACCCUGUAACAGUGAGGGGAACACAAGGGGCCUGGCCUCACCUCCAGCCUGCAGGGGAGACAGGUGUAAACCCACAUCCCGUGGUGGGGCCACGAGAACUCAGGUCUGGGGGGCACUGCGGGGAGAUUUGGUGAUGCUGAGCUGAUUCAAAUGAGGUGAGAAGGAGCCCAGCAGCUGUGUGGGGGCGUGUCGCUGACAGAGGGGAAUAAAGGUGCUGAGGUGAGGGUGACAGCAUCGCCCAGGGCUGACUGGCACUGGGAGCUGUGGGCUUCACUCCCUCUUCCUGGGUGCACGCUUGUGCUCCAAAGCCAACCUCUCCCUGCCUCUCUAGGGAGCUGCAGUCCAUGGCUGACCAGGAGCAGGUGUCACCAGCCGCCAUCAAGAAGACCAUCCUGGACAAGGUGAAGCUGGACUCCCCUGCAGGGACCUCUCUGUCGCCUUCUGGCCACAUCAAGCUGCUCCCCCGCAGCCUGGCCCCAGCGGGCAAGGAUUGACACGUCCUGCCUGACCACCAUCCUGCCACCACCUUCUCUUCUCUCGUCACUAGGGGGACUCGGGGGUCCCCAAAGUGGCCCACUAUCUGUGGCUCUGAUCAGCACAGGGGCCAGCCAGGGACAUAGCCAGGGAGGGGCCACAUCACUUCCCACUGGAAAUCUCUGUGGUCUGCAAGUGCUUCCCAGCCCAGAACAGGGGUGGAUUCCCCAACCUCAACCUCCUUUCUUCUCUGCUCCCAAACCACGUCAGGACCACCUUCCUCUAGAGCUCGGGAGCCUGGAGGGUCUUCACCCACUCCUACUCCAGUAUCAGCUGGCAUGGGCUCUUUCCUGAGUGCAAAGGUCAAGGACCCCCUCUGUGAAGGCUCAGCAGAGGUGGGAUCCCACGCCCACUCCCGGCCCCUCCCUGCCCUCCAUUCAGGGAGAAACCUCUCCUUCCCGUGUGAGAAGGGCCAGAGGGUCCAGGCAUCCCAAGUCCAGCGUGAAGGGCCACAGCCCCUCUUGGCUGCCAAGCACCCAGAUCCCAUGGACAUUUAGGGAAAGGGCUCCUUGGGCUGCUGGUGAACUUCCUGUGGCCACCACCUCCUGCUCCUGACCUCCCUGGCAGGGUGCUAUCACUUCUGUCCUGGCCCUUUCAGUUUUAUAAGUUGGUUUCCAGCCCCCAGUGUCCUGACUUCUGUCUGCCACAUGAGGAGGGAGGCCCUGCCUGUGCGGGAGGGUGGUUACUGUGGGUGGAAUAGUGGAGGCCUUCAACUGACUAGACAAGGCCCGCCCACAUCUUGGAGGACAUCUGCCUUACUGAUUAAAAUGUCAAUGUCAUCUAAUGCAAAA